GUGGGAAAGGGCAGGAGACGUGGGAGAAAGGGUGUGUGACAUAUUUAAUGUUUGGGUAAUGGGAUUUGAACUUUUUUUGAUGUUCAAAUGUUACAGAAAAGGAGGCUUUCAUCUUCAGCAUUUUCUUGUCUGGGAGUCUGCUUGCAAAAGGCAUAUCUGGUUUUCCUUCCAGAUGCUCUCCAUGGUUGAUUUAUGCUGUAUUUUCUCUUUUUCUACUUAAAUAUGUUCCUUACCUAGUAAUUUUUCUUAAUUUGUUUGUAAGUACCACAAAGAAAUGUCAUACUAACAUGUCUGUAGUUGACUUAAUGACUUUUUCUCUUCCUAAGAGGAAACAGCAUGUUUGGCUAUAGGUUGUUUCUUCAGGUCAGCUGGUCAUCUGACACUUGUUAUGUUUAAAUUGAUACUUCUCUCUGUUUACAUUACCCUACCCUGUAUCCUUUAAUACACAGUCAUUCAUUAGAUUUUUGCUUCCUAUACAUAAACUUGGCAUAAAGUUGUACAGUUGUUCCUAAUCUUGCCCAGCGCUGUAAUCAGCCAUGACAGCCCUAGUUUGUAAUGAUUAAUGUCCUUUGUAUCCAGGUAAAGUGUUUCCAUGAAUCGAUUCCAACAGUAACAUAGGCUUCAUUUUUUUCAUAUAAUGCUAAUCCUUUAUCUUGAUAUGUCUUCACAACUUCAGUUUCUUCUUUAUAAGCUGAAAGACUUUACUUUCCCAGUUUACUUUUCCCAGUUCUUUGCUAGCUUGCCUUUGUCUUUUUCCUUAACGCAUUCCUGUAGCAGUUGAGUAGGGCCAUCAAUUCUGGCAUGUGAGAAGACCCAUUCUCUCUCCUCUUUCUGCAAAGACCUGUUUGAACUCAGGGUCUAAACAGCACUGAGACUACCUUACUCAUCCCCGAUCAUCAAGUGUUGAUUUCAGCAGAACUCCAAUCAGGACGUCACCUGUAGCUGUCAACAUACUUUCUUCCAUGAAGAGGAAAUUGCGCACGUUGCACUCAAAUUUGCAGUCAGAGUGAUUGUGUUCAUUCUGUUUUUAAGCCACUGGGUUUUUCUUGCUCUUUCACAUCUGGAUGUUUUGCUUGCAUUAUGGUUCAUUUUUCAACCCCUUAUUUUGUUUGGUUUUCUAUAUUCUGUUGUGGUUUUUUUCCUGCAACAGAUUGUUAGUGUAUAAGUAGAUUAAUUGUUUUAUAAUGUAGUCAUUCUGGUUUGUUACUGUGUGUACAAUAAAAACUGAUUGGUGUAAGACUAUCUGAAGUAUGCAAUAAAUAAAUAAUUGCUUCGUAAACUUGUUGCAAGCAAGUAAAUGAAAUGUUGCAUUUUUUUUCCUUGUAAUCUCAGGAAGUUUUAUUACCUGAUAAUGUAGGACUAUGGUUAUGCAGUUCUUAGAUGUGCUGAUGGGGAUGCUGUUACUGAUAUAAUUUAUCAUUACUCAUAGCUGGAGAUUCUUCGUUGUAGUAUAACUACUGUAGAUAAUACUGAGAUUCUGCAUCUUGGAUUAGUGCUCAUUACCACUUAAUUACUGAAAUGACAGCUCUAAACGAUCUUUCCACUCUUGUGAUAUGUAAACUAGAAGGCAAUGAAAGACACUGACCCCUGAACCUCCAGUCCCAGUGUUGGACCUUUGUGACAUGUGAAACUCUGGAGGGAGGAAGAGCUGUGUUUGGAAGCUGCAUUUCUCAGCAUGGGCCUCUCAGAAAGCUCAAGUUUUCUGUCUGAAUUUUACUCUGAGAAGUAUUGCUCUAGGCAGAGCUUUUCUAUUUGUCAAGUCCAGACAUGGAGAUGAUGAACACUGAGUAGCAAGGUGUGUUUGGAGAAAACCUUAUUACAUAAUAGAGAGUUGUCCCUAGCAGCAUGUAGCAACUUGACUUCGUUGUUAUGUGAGUGACCAGAAAUAGAAAUCCUUCUGAAUCAUGAGAGAAUAAACAGGACUGAAUCGUCUGUGCCUGGUAUAAUGGCACCUGAAGAACAGACAUCCUUUUCCGCUACUGUAAUGGAGCACUGAAGAAAAGCUGACUGUAUUAAGCAAGGUCAGGUGCCUGUUCAGGUGAGUCAGUAAGGCUAAGGAAACAUUUACUACAGCCUGUGUCACUCAGCUUCAGCCCAGAGCUGUUUCUCUGAGGCACUUUAUUAAGGCUCCCAGUGCUUGCCAGCACUUCCAGCUGCCUGCUCACCCCUGCUCUUAGUGGUGAAGGUCUUGUUUGCUUUGGACAUGGCAGAGCAUAUCUGAACCCCUGCGGGAGGAGGCGGUCAGGCCUGCUCCUGGAGUACUUGGAGAGCGGUUAGCAUGUGAGGAAGUUUGAAGGGAUCUCAGUUUAGAGCAUGACCGCCGACUGGCAUUUACACACUUCAUCUAAAUCUGUUUGGGCAGGAGUCAUUGUAAUAUUUGACAGCUUCACUUUGUGUUGAGCUGAGCUUUGUUUAUGUCCACACUGACAUUUCAGUCUCCCCCAUGAGUCAGGAACUCCUGCUGCAGGGCUGCAGUUCAUCUCUUAUGGGGUGGCAGUCUGCUUACUGAGAUUGCUGGGUGGUUUAGCAAGGUUGUUUGCUCUGACCUCAGGCAGAUGUCUAGGCAAGCUAACAAUUAAUCACAAGAUCAACUAUGAUGAUUGGUAUAGUUCAUAUGUGCUUGGUUAUCUUGUAGUUAGGUGAAAAGAAAAUAUAGACAGGAUGUUAGUGUAUUCAACUCAUCUGCCCAGAUGCUAUGUAGUCACUUGACCUUUAGAGAGAUGGUGAGGCUGGGAAAAUUUAUAUAUGACUUCAGGACAAUGAGUAGUCCUUGUCGAUCUGCUUUAUUCAUCUUCUGGAAGCACUGGCGCAUGCUGAGCAGUGUCACAUUGCUUCAUGGAGUCAUGCAGUGACUUAGGUUGGAGAUUAGCACUGGAGGUCUCCUCCUCAAGGCCAGGCUAACUUCAGACAUGGAUCAGACUAUGGUUAGAACCACAGAAUGGAUUGGGUUGGAAAGGACCUUAAAGGUCAUGUAGCUCCAGCCCCCAGCCGUGAUUGCUUAGUCAGUCAAGCUGUGGAUGCGAAGGAUGGAUAUGAUGCAGUCAGUUUGGGCAACCUGUUUCACCUGUUUCAGCUCAGCCACUCCCUCAAAUCCAACAGGAAUUUUCCUUGUUGUAACUUGUGGCUUUCACCAUGUGCCUCUGAGAGGAGGCUGGCUCCAUGUCCUCUGUAAUUCCUCACUGGUUAUCAUUUAGUUAUUCAAAAGUUUCUGCUUGCAGUCUGUCUGUAUUGUGCUGGGAAGUUUUAAUUCGAUUACUUGUUACAGGAGAAGCCCAUCAAAGGCCAUCUGCUAUGAUGAGAGGUAUAACUUAAUAACCGUGGCUUGUCCAUGAAUUAGUUAUUUUGAAUGCGGUUCUGAGAAGACCUCUAAAGAAGUAAAAUGUAAUCCAUAGUGUUGUAUGAUUCACAAAUACAACCAAUGCAAGUGAUCACCAUUUUAGGCAUUUUAGCCCCAUAAGGUGCAGAACAGCAUGAAUAUGCAAGAUCAAUCUUGUUCUUCCUGUGAAAUUCAAAUGUAGCACACUGGGAAUGAAUAAUUUAUGGGUUUUGUGAGUACACCUGUCAUUAUCCAUGAUGAAUAAAUUUAUGCACAGGAGAGAGCCGAGAAGUGUUCUUUGCAAAGCAGAUCCAGAAGUGACUACUGCAUCUUCUUAAAUUGCUGCUGAGACCAUUGGUCACUGAGCAGGAUUCCAACACAUCAUGGAGAAUAAGCAAACUUGGAUGGUACUGAAGAUAAAACAGUACUUCAGUUGUGUGGAGUGAUCUAGUUGUAACUGUGCUACAUAAAGAAUUUUGGACACUCAUUUGGCAAGCGCUUUUUUGAAGUUGUCAUUAUAUUUGUGUAUAUGGCUUUUGUUGGUUCACAAGGACAAACUCUGUGCGAGCGUCUCUGCCUUUUUAAUUCCUGAAGUUCUUUCAUUAAUUCCUGAGAUUAGAUAUUGCUAGAGUGCAGCUUAGGUUUCAGUUAACUGUAACAUUGAAUAAUUACAGUACUGUUAAUACUGUGUGGAUUUCAGUGUGGUUUUGUGCGCUAAUCAGGCUAACACUUAACAGCUGCAAAUUACGCAGCUGUUUUUUUAACAGUAAGAGAUGAACAAAAGAGAAUAUAAUUCCUUUCCUCUUAUUGGAUUCCAUGAUUAUUGAUUCAGGCAUCUGAAUCUUGCCUGAUUGUGUGCUACAUUUGGAAGCACCAGUGUAGGUGGUGAAGGGGCAUAAAGAUGUACAACAUGAUGGAAACACGGGGAUUGCAUUUAUUUUUCAAACUUGAGCAUAUUUGAACAUAAACAUGUUUCCUGGAAUACAUGGGUAUUAUGCUUGUAGCCUUUUCAGUUCUGGGAUGACAUGACUUCUGUUUUCUUUUUAUGUUUCAGCAGAUCCGACAUAAGACUGGCGUAAUAGUACCAUGCAUGCUCCAUUCAUUAUCUAGUGCCUGUUUCUGUUUUCAUGUUGUCAUGUUUGAAUUACAUUCAAAGAAGCCUUCCUUACUGUUCUUCUAAACUACACUGAAGUAUCCAAAUAGUGGUAAUUAGUGUUCUCAGAAGUGUUUAAAAACCUAAGUUUAUUAUCAUAAUGCCAGGACACUUUUCCCUUUAAUAAAAAGCACAGUCAUGCUGUUUGUGGAUGGUCAUGCUUUUGCUGAUACUUGGAGGCGUUUUCUGGCUUUGUUAAGCACUGCUCACUGACACCAAGCAUGGGGUGCUGCUGGAAGCAUCUCCCUUUGGGACUUAGAAAGGGAUGGCAUGCUAACUACUUGUUGGUUAUUCCAGCAGAGUGGAAGGAGAUAUAAUCUGUUCCUGAAGCGACGACUCAGGAUUGACAAAAGACAUGAAAGCAAAGAUUCAAUAUUCUUCAGGGAUGGUGUGAGGAGGAUUGAUUUUGUUCUCUCCUACGUGGAUGAUCUUAAUAAGGAAUGGGAAAAGAAGUUGGAAAGAAGAAAAGAAUUUGAGAGCAAUUUGCAGAAGGCUGGUUUGGAACUAGAAACAGAAGACAAGAAGGAAUCUGAAGAUGGCAAAAUUUAUUUUGUGAAGAUCCAUGCCCCAUGGGAGGUUCUGAUCACAUAUGCAGAAGUGCUGAACAUUAAAGUUCCCAUCAGGGAAAAUGACAUUCCCUCAAUGGUGGAGAACCCCCUGGACUGCAUGCUUACGCCAUUCAGGCUGCCUGAGAAGGUGAUGCACCCGGAGCCGGAUUAUUUCACAGCACCGUUCAGCAAAGAUAAGCAGGAGCUGUACCUCAUUAAUGAUGAAAGCACUUUCUUCUCGCCAUCCAUGCGAAACAGAAUAGUUAAUUAUAUACUUACACGUUGUCCGUAUGGAACAGAAGAAGGGAAGAAGAAGUUUGGGAUUAAAAGACUGCUGAAUAAUGGCACCUAUUCAGCUGCUUACCCUCUUCAUGAUUGCCAGUACUGGAAAAAGGCAAGUGAUCCAAACUGUGACAAUGAGAGAUACACGCUGUACAUGGAGUGGGCCCGUUUCUUGCGCUUCUACAAAGAGCAGCCUUUGGAUCUCAUCAGGAAGUACUAUGGUGAAAAGAUUGGAAUCUAUUUUGCCUGGCUAGGAUUUUACACUGAGAUGUUAUUCCUUGCUGCAGUUGUUGGCGUAAUCUGUUUUCUUUAUGGCUUGUUUACAAUGGAUGAAAAUAUGAGCAGCAAAGAGAUCUGUGAUCCUGCAAUUGGAGGAGAGAUCAUCAUGUGUCCUCUUUGUGACCGAGAGUGUGAGUACUGGAGACUAAACACCACCUGUGAGUCCUCAGAGUAUUCCCAUUUGUUUGACAACGUGGCAACUCUUUUUUUUGCCAUUUUCAUGGGCAUUUGGGUUACACUUUUUUUGGAGUUCUGGAAGAGGCGGCAAGCAAGAUUGAAAUAUGAGUGGGAUUUGGUUGAUUUUGAAGAGGAACAGCAACAACUCCAGCUGAGGCCAGAGUAUGAGGCCAAAUGUACCCAAAAGAAGAAGAAUCCCGUAACUCAGGAAUUAGAAUUGGUUGAGAAAGAGAGACCUUUACACCAACAUGGAAAGCUGUUCUUGUGCUAUGUGGGAAUACUCUUUUGGGUAAGACCUAGCUGCCUGAAAUGCUUUCUGGCUGUGUGGAAAAACAUGGAAAUGGAGCCUUAUUUGCCUCUAACUAGCCAGGCUGUGCGGUUCUGCAUCUCAGGAACUACAGUGUUGUUCUGGGUGUCUCUGAUCAUAGCUAGCAUGAUAGCUGUGAUUGUGUAUCGCCUUGCAGUGUAUGCUGCCUUUGCCAGCCUCAUGGAAAAUACUCAGAGUCUACAGCCCAUCAGUGGAUUACUAACCCCUCAGCUGGCAACUUCAGUCACAGCCUCUUGCCUCAAUUUUGUCAUCAUCAUGAUACUGAAUUUCAUAUAUGAGAAGAUAGCUAUCUGGAUCACUGAUAUGGAGAUUCCCAGAACUCACAUGGAGUAUGAGAACAGGCUCACUAUGAAAAUGUUUCUGUUCCAGUUUGUCAACUACUACUCAUCCUGCUUCUAUGUGGCCUUCUUUAAAGGAAAGUUUGUUGGUUACCCGGGUGCAUACACGUACAUGUUUAAUCGCUGGCGAAAUGAAGAGUGUGAUCCUGCGGGCUGCUUGAUUGAAUUGACAACACAGCUCACCAUAGUCAUGGCUGGCAAACAAAUCUGGGGAAAUAUACAAGAGGCCAUUGUACCCUGGAUUUGUAACUGGUGGGGACGCCGCAAAGCCAGAAGUAAUCCAGAGAAUUUGUACAGUCGCUGGGAGCAGGACCAUGAUCUGCAGACGUUUGGAGCCCUGGGUCUUUUCUAUGAAUAUCUGGAAAUGGUGAUUCAGUUCGGAUUCAUUACUCUCUUUGUGGCAUCCUUUCCCCUGGCUCCUCUUCUUGCUCUGAUGAAUAAUAUCUUGGAGAUUCGAGUAGACUCCUGGAAGUUAACCACUCAGUACAGAAGACCCGUGGCUGCAAAAGCACACAGCAUAGGAGUGUGGCAAGAAAUCCUGAAUGGAAUGGCCAUUUUGUCUGUUGUCACUAAUGCUUUUAUUGUUGCAUUCACAUCAGAUAUGAUUCCUCGUUUAGUUUACUACUACGCUUAUUCUGAAAGUGAAGACUCACCGAUGUCUGGAUACAUAAACAAUAGUUUGUCAGUGUUUGAAAUCUCAGAUUUUCCUGAGAGAAACAAGCCUAAACAGAAUCCAGAAGGUUUUGAACAAUGCAGGUACAGAGACUAUCGGUAUCCUCCAGAUCAUGAGAGGAAAUAUUUACACACGAUGCAGUUUUGGCAUAUUCUUGCUGCAAAGCUGGCAUUUAUAAUUAUUAUGGAGCAUGUUGUAUUCAUCGUCAAAUUCUUUGUAGCGUGGAUGAUUCCUGAUGUACCUGCAGAUGUGAAAGCCAAGAUAAAACGUGAAAAAUAUUUGACACAGAAAAUCUUACAUGAGUACGAACUUGAAAAACUGAAGGAGAGACUAUGUCAAGGUGAUAAACGAGCUACGGAAAAGGAGUUCAUUGCCACAGAAGGGAGAAUGGAGUUAUCCAGAGCAAUGUAGUUGGAAAAACAACUAUUUGGGAUUCAGCUAAUUUUAGCUUCUUUAUCUGUGAUUUGCUCAGUAUGCAUCAUCUUGAAAGCUGUAGGACAGCUUCAACCCUUUGCUUUUGGUCCAAAGAUUUUAGACUUCUCUGUAAGAGUCAUACUGAGCAUUUUAGGUGUAGUGAAAACUAUUCAAAGACAUGACUUGGGCACUCUUCUCUAUGUAUGUAUCACUUCAAAUAAUUAAUGUAAUCUUGUAAUCCUAUAAUUUGAAUCCCCAAUACAGGGAAUGUUAGCGAAAAGGACUCACAAGGUAUCAUACAGUCAUUACCACCAAGCCCUUACCCUGUAUCCCAGCUGAAUGAGAAAGAUAACUCAGAGGACUUCUGCUGUGGAAAAUGCUGAGCAUUAUGUUAGGAUGUGAAUCUUUAAAAGCAGAAAGUACUCUUGAUAGAGUUGGGUUAGGGUUUGAGGCAUUUUUGUAUCCACUGUGUCUUCUGAAAUGUUUCUUCCUGGCUUAUAACGUCUAUACUCUUUUUAGAAGGAAUAGGUUUUUUAAGAUAUACCAGUUUAAUUCCAUUUGGAAUUAUUUUAAGGCACAGAAUUCAGUUAAUACCUACUAAUGAAGGAAAAAUAUCCACUGUAAUUUAUUUUCAUUAAGUUCUGCCUGCAGUAGAGUUUGCUCUUUAAAUGCAGGUGCUGUGGAAUCAUCUAAUUAAUUUUCUAAAAGAUGUAUAUGAUUUGGAGAAAUACAGCUAAUUUCUUUCUCCAUUGCAAAACUUGCUAUUGGAAGAAGAUGCUUGAUGUAAGUUUUGGGCCAAGCUGCUCCUUUGGUUGGAUUCUUCCCAUCUUUGCGUAUGCCAACUAAGGCCUUAAAAUCACAUGCCCAUGCCAUGUGCUGUGGACUGUGACUUCAGAGCUCAGCAGGUUGGAGUUGGGCCACCCUGUUAAUUGAUCAAACCAUGUUAUUGUGUAGAGACAAGGAUUCAUAUUCAGAUGAUUUUAGGAAUGCCAAGUACUCUGUGUUUACAAUGUUACUGUCCUUAUACAUAGGAGCCUUUCUAUUAUCUUUUUAAUCUUCAAGAAGGAAUUUCUUUUGUUCUGUCAUGGGGCCUUUCUACAAAGUUAUAGAAUGUGUAAGUAGGUAAAUAACUACUUGUGUAAAGUAGCUACUAGCUGUUUAUGAAUGUGCCCUUGUUUUAUAAUUUUAAGCAGUUAUGCAUCUUUAUGAUUUUGCUGUAUAUUUAAAACAUGUCAACACUUCCACACUUAGUGCCUUGUUUAUUUGCAUUUGGGAAAAGAUGUGAAAACAAUCACUAUGUGGAAAUGAGCAUUUCCAAAGUGUGCUUGCAGGCAUCAUGAUACUGUGAACCUGCACACAUAACUGUAGUGUUAGCCACACAAUGCCUGCCUUGGCACACUUGUCUUUGCUAGUGCUAUGCAAACCAUUCAUGCCCAACUGUCCAUACCUAGACUGCUUGGAGCAGCUAGCACCAGGCUGUUGACUUCUCUCAUGUGCAAGUAUACUGCCUAGAGAGAUCAGAGAUUUUAACAUAUUUGCACUUUGAAGGUUAUACUUCCUUACAAGUAUACAAAAAAAACCACGUUGGAUUUGAAUGCCAUAUCAGCCAAUGAUGUACUGUUUACAAGAUCCACAACCUAUAGUUUCCAUAUUUUGUUUCAACAGACCUAGCCAAUUUUGUCUAGUAACCUUAGUGUUGUAACAGUUUUAAAUCAGUGUCUUGGGUGGAACUGUAAUUACUAGCAAAAGUUCUAACACAGAAGUGCCUACCUCAAGCAAACAUCACAUGGUUUGGCUGCCAGUCAAGGAGUUGAAGCAGAUGUACAUUUCUCUCCAUUUCUGUAAGUUAUUCAGCUUAUUCUGUAAGUUUGCUUAGUAGAUCAAGCAUGUUGGCGCUUCAUGUUUAUGAUGAACUGACCGUGUUCUUACAUAUUCAGAUACAUUUGAAAUAAGGAAUUUUCUGAAGGAAUGUGUGUACGAAUAAGCUAGCUCUGCUGCUUAAUGUGUAAACCAAAGAAAAAUAUCAGUCACCAUAAUUAUGUAUGUGACACCAGAGCUUAUAUACUGCAAGCACUUUGCUGCUUCUUACAUCUGUACUGUUAAUUAAACUGCUUAAUUUAGAUUUCAUGGUUCUGUUUUGUCCUGUUAGCAAAGCAAACUGUUGCUUCAAAGUAAAGUGAUGAGAUACAAAGUGAUACUUUAGUGCAAAAUACACACAUAUGACUGAAGCUGAAAAAUAAUUGAAAAUUCAGCUUUAGAUUCGUGCAUAUGGAACAUUAGCUUCUUUAGGUCCUAUAAUAAAGUGUCCUAAUUUACUGCACUUGAAAAGUUGUCAACAGAAUAGCUGCCUUGUGAAUUAUUCUUACUAUCUAAAAGCAAGAUUAAGAACAAGAAGGAAAUUACUGAGUUCAGGGUACAGCUCCGAUAUGCAGAAGCCCUAUGCAAAGACCUUGAAUUUAAUUUCAUGCUUGGCUUCUACUUCUUGCUUCUUUUAAAUGUGUUUUUUUAACAUCACUUCCUAUUUGAUGCUAUAGAAAUGUGUUUUGCAACAAACAUGAAAAACUCUGAGACCUACUUCUAUAAAAUAUAUGUAACUAAAGGAAUCUAUCGUUACACUUCAUAGCAUUACUUCAUAGUAUAAUAGAAACCGUUGGCAAGAAUAAGUGUUGUCAUAUUAAGAGCAAAUGUGACAAAGAAAUCAAAUGCCUGUUUGUGUAACAACUUGCCUUUGCUUGUCAUUCAGCAGGGUUUUAACAAAAGAUCAUUGGCACACUUAGAAGGAUUAUAGUGGUCCAAGUGCAUACUUCCUGAAGUGCUCUUGAAAAGUGGCAAAAACAAAAAUGGUCUGGUCAGUUUGAGGAUGUAGCUAUUGUUAAAAGAUUGGGUUUUGCUAUGUUCAAAAUACACAUCUAAAAGUGUCCUUUGACUGAGGGGAAGUUACUUCCAUAUUGGAACUGCCGCAGGUAAAGCUACAGCAGAUUGCAUUGGCCUUUCAAGUGUCAUGCAAUCAGGGAUUAUUGUUUUUCCAAUUGAAAUCUAGUAUUUAUAUAUUAGAUUGGUAUGAUCUGAGCAAAUGACUGCAAAAUGAGUCACUAUAAAACACUGUACUGUUGUUUUUUUCUAGAAGAUAUUAUUGUUCAGGUUUUUUAUGUAAUACCAUCAGUUGGAGACAAUGGGAAAGAGUGAAAAUUCAUGGAUUUCUGUACUGUUCUUUGUGUACUGCUUCUUCUGACUCAUACUGUCUUGUAAUCAGAGUGGCAUUUCUGUCUGCUACGUAUGUUGCUGGUAUAUAUAACACACUAAUGUUGGGAUAAUUUUUUAAACGUUGCAUUCAGCUAACUUAUAUAUGUACAUUUAAUAACAUGGCAAAUAAAGCAGUGUUUAUUUUUAA